GUUUCAUCCGGUCUUCAGCAGGGGAGGGCCGCUGGCUGGCGUCUGAGCGGCUGGAGCUCGUCUCCGCAUCCCUGCGCUCCAUCAUCUCAACGUAGCAUCGGGAGGUGGGAGUUUGCGGUCAGAUCCUUCAGAUAAACCGGUUCCUGUCUGUCUCUGUCAUUGCUAUAAAAUGAUGGAGAACACGCUGCCUGACAGACUUCAAGAGAGGUGCAAGACAAGACUGCAAACAUGAUUUUACUUUGUGGACUUCUUCUGAUAUGCUCAGGACUUAUAGAUGCUAAAUUAGACAUUAUCGUUGGUGACCCAGAUGUGCGCGUGGGAAGCAGCAUUCUGCUCUUGUGCAAAGCCGACGCAGAGGGAGAUAUCAAUUGGUUAAAAGAUGGAGAAGAUGUUGAUACAGAUCGCCAUGUAGUGGAGAAAAAUGACGAGUCCUCAAGCAAACUGAACUUGAAAAAUGUUCAGUUAAGUGACACUGGAAGAUACACCUGUGAGUUUGAAGAUAGCAACGGCAACAAGAAGACGACGAACAGCCAAAUCUAUGUCUACAAAACACUAGACUUUGGACUGACACGGACAUUCCAUGAAUUUCUGGUGAACCGAACGGCGAUCAUUCCCUGCAUGGUUACUGGCAAACCCGAGGUGGAGAUCCACUGGUUUAGGAAUGAUCGCAUGGUGCAUGAUGACGGCCGAAGUCAUCUGAAAAUCCUCCCAGAUCGAUCUCUGAACAUUGUGAGAAUUCAGCACGAGGACCGUGGAACUUACAUCUGUGAAGGGAAGAUCAAGGGACGCCCCAUAACCAGAAAUCUCCCGAUCUCUGUUGUCGUCAAUGAGCCACCGACUGUACUGAUUCAUGAGGAGAAAAAGAGUGUUUUUGCUGGACCCAACACCAGCUUGUCUAUAGCCUGCCUUGUCAAAGGAGCACCAGUUCCAACCAUUACAUGGACAACCCCUUCCAGCUUUAAUGACUCCCGUUACAGUUACAAUACUGAUAAGAGUGAGCUCACCAUCUCAGCAGUGACCAGGAGUGAUUACGGAGAGUAUAUCUGCACAGCUAGCAAUAAGAUUGGGGAAAGCAGUGCCAUAUUUGUUCUGGAUGUCUCAGAGCUUCCAACUGUGGUUUUUACCGAAAACAAGCUGAGCAUUAUUCCAGGAGAAAGUGCAUCUGUGUUCUGUAAUGCCACAGGACAUCCAGCUCCAGCCGUACAGUGGGUCAAGAAGGAUACACAACAAAAAAUGUCGGGUGAACCUGAGCUGAUUCUUGAAAACAUAAUGCCCUCUGAUGGUGGAUUCUACUCCUGCAUAGCCACAAAUAUAGUGGGAACAACCACUGAGGACUUCCAGAUCAUAACCUGGCCCGAGACCCCCAGUCAGUUCAGCAUGUCUGCAGGAUCCUCGUCUUCAGUUCUCAUUCAUAGUGUCUCAGUGCAGGACGGAGGCUCCUCCAUUAGCUACUACAUCCUUCAGUGGAAGAAACCAUCCGAAGACAACUGGAACCAAAAUGUCGUCAAGCCCACAUAUCCCCUGAGGAUCAAGGACCUCGAGCCAUACACGGAGUACUCUGUUCGCAUUGCAGCCAAAAACUCUCAUUAUCAGGGGAACUUUUCUACUGAACAGAACAUCUUCACGCAGUCUCAGCGAGAACCUGACAGUCCUGUUCUGUCUUUGAGCGAAAAGAAGUUGGAGAAGAGCUCAGUCUCCAUCCCUAUUAAACAGCUGAAAGAUGGAGGCUCUCCCAUCCUGCAAUACAUUGUUCGCUACAAAGGGAGCAAGGAGAACGAGGAAUGGACAGAAAACACCAUUCCUGGAAACUCCAGCAGAAUCCAGCUCGAUGAUCUCCAGUACAACGCUGACUAUCACCUGGAAGUUUAUGCAGUGAACCACAACGGCUCCUCCAGCCCUGCUAAAGUCAACUUCACCGUCCCACAGCCUAUCAAUCAGCCGGCGUUGGGGAAAGGCGGUGUGGUUGGGAUUGUAAUGUUCAUCUUCCUGGUGCUGAUAAUUUCAGUAGAUGCUUUCUGCUGUUACACCAACCACUGCGGUCUGCUUAAUUUCCUCGCUCGUAAACUAUUGGGACACAAAAUGGCAGAGACUAAAGGGAUUGAUGAGGAGGCCAAUAAUUCCACCGGAGACAUGAAGCUGAGUGGUCUCACACUUCCACGAGGCAGCAUCCCAAAGCUUCAGGCACCCAAUGGGGCAGUGAAUGGCGUUCAUUCAGAGGUCACGUGUGACAAAGCGCCUCUUACCAAAUUCGAGAAGAAACCAGAAUCGACUGAUCCAACAGUAGAGGCCUAAAGGAUGAAGUUCAACAGAAGACGGUCUGAAUUCAUUGAUGAAUCUUCACACAAACCUCUGAGCUUGAGCCAUGUCCACAUGUUCACGGUAUUUUUAUAAACUUAAUUGUCCCUGCCUUCAUUAAAAAAAACUAAAUCUCUGAGCACAUUAAAACCUAAAAGGCACUGUGAUGCAUGUUAAGGAACCAACAGGUGGCGAUAAAAGUGUUUAAUGCUAGGUUUACACCAAACGCGGAAUUAAAUAUUUGCAGAAUUGCAUUGCAUACACUGUAAAAAA